AGGAGGGCGUGGCCUUGUUAGUUUCGGGAAGCAGCGUUUUUAGUCGCAGCUCUGUUGGUCAGAAGAACCCACCAGAGUAGGUGGAGAAGGGGAAGUCCGUGCUGUAAAUAAUGAUGGUCGAGCCUCUUCUCACUUCUCUGAGUUUGUAAAGGAAAGCCUUCAAACUCGUCGUUCGGGCGAUCUCAUCCAUCAUGUCUGGAAAGGGGUGGUCCAGGUUUUUCAGGACGGGGACCUUUCCAGCUUCAAACGGGCCCACCCAGUCCCAGGGCAUCCAUGUUUACCUGUUCUCCUCUGAAGACGGGGAGAAGUACUUGUCUCACACCAGUGGGGAUGUCACCGCUGAAGAGCUGUGCAUCUUAUCUGCUAAAGCUGUGGGGAUAACACCCCUCUGCCAUGUGCUGUUUGCGCUGUAUAACCCACAGACCCAGUGUUGGUACAGUCCAAACCAGGUUUUCACUCCAGAGGAGAACUCCAGUCUAGUCCUUCACUACUGUAUGAGGUUUUACUUUCGGAACUGGCAUGGACUAAAUGAGAAGGAGCCUUCUGUGUUCAGAUAUGCUCUCAAGUCUGGAGCAGAUGAGGCUGGAUCCCCUCUGCUUGAUGUCAAGUCCUUGGAGUAUUUAUUUGCUCAGUCUAAACACGAGUUUGUGAAUGAAGUGGUGCAAAUGGAAGACAUCGAGUCUGAGGAGGAGCUGAGUCGGUUCAAAAACGAGAGCUUGGGAAUGGCUGUUCUUCACCUCUCACACCAUGCGAUACAAAACAAAUCCACGUUACAAGAAGUGGCCGGAAAAAUCAGGUCUUUGUUCACACUUUUCCCCCCAGUUUGUCUUUAUGGAAAAUGUAUAUUUGAAAAACAAAAAGGCAAAAUUAUAUCUGUUUCAAAUGGUUUUUGUUAUUGUUCCGUUGUUGUUUUCUCUCUCCUUCCGUGGAUGUCCCUUCCCAGCUUCCUAAACUGCAUUCCAAGAUCUUUUGCCAAACACUUAUCCAGAGACAACUUUCUGACUAAAAUCAGGAUCCGUCGGGUGUUUUCUGAGUUUGUGAGGACUUUUCAGCAGCACACUGUGGACAGGGGUCAACUGGGUCCACAGGAGAUCAUGUACAAGUACAUCUCUACCCUUGAAAACUUGGCUCCGCGUUUUGGCACAGAGACUUUUCCUGUAACUCGCCUGGAGCUCAGGGAGGAUGGGGAUGGGGGCAGCUCCUACUCCAACGCGAGCCACGGUGAGGAGGCCUCGAAACAUAGCGACGCGCGUCCUGCCACGUGUGAAGUAAUGGUGUCUGGCACUAAAGGGAUUCAGUGGAGAAAGAUUCACAUUCAGAAGGCUCAGUCGAACCCUUACUUCAGGGACAAUUACCUGAACUACGCAAAGAAAUCCAAGCAUCAGUCCAGCCAACCGAACGAGAAUGCUACUGAUGAUUGGACCCGCUUCUGUGAUUUCCCUGAAAUAACUCACAUAGCCAUUACCGAUGCUAAUGUGUGCAUUAGCACUCAGGACAAUCACUGCAUGGAGGUGCAGAUGAACUCCAACCAGGAGGCUCGCUCCCUUAUCUCCCUUCUGGACGGAUACUACCGACUGACUGCCGACGCCCACCACUACCUUUGUCGUGAAGUGGCGCCCCCCAGGGUCGUGCUGAGUGAGGCGAAUCUGCUUCACGGACCUAUGCAUGAUGACUUUGUGCUGCACAAGCUGAAAAAGGAGGCAGCAGAGGAGGGAACGUUCCUCGUUCGAUGGAGUGCCCUCGACUACCACCGCGUCAUCCUCGCUGUGCUAAACAAAAACGAAAACGGCUCUGCACCAAACCACAAGCAGUUUCGUAUCCAGCAAAAGGGCUCGGUCUUCUCUAUGGACGGCUGGGACCAAGAGUUCCCCAGCGUCAAGGAGCUCACAGAUUGCCUCAAAACCUUUGUGCUUAAGUCUGGGCCCGACAGCUUCUCUGUCAGAAAGUGCUGUUUGCCAAAGCAAGGAGAAAUAUCCAACCUCCUGGUGAAGAGACAGGGUAACGAACACCGCACCCACUCACGCUUGCCCCUGGACCUCACGCAGCUACGCUUCCACCAGAUCAAAGACAAAAUGAUCAUCCCGAAAGAGCACUUGGGGCGUGGCACCAGGACUAACAUUUACUUGGGACACUUGCUGGUGUCGGAGGACGACGACGAUGAUAUCGAGUUCAAUAACAACAUGGAAAGGCGUAAAGGCAUCCACGUGGUUCUGAAGAUUCUGGAGGAAAGCCAUAAAGACAUUGCUCUGGCAUUUUUCGAAACGGCGAGUCUCAUGAGCCAGGUAUCCCACAGUCACCUGGUGUUUGUACACGGUGUGUCUGUCAAAGGAUCCGAAAACAUCAUGGUGGAGGAGUAUGUGGAGGAUGGGCCUCUAGAUGUCUUCCUUCGUAAAGAAAGGACAUUCAUAAAUGCUCAGUGGAAGUUUGUCGUUGCCAUACAACUCGCCAGUGCCCUCAGUUAUCUUGAGGCAAAGCGCCUGGUUCACGGGAACGUCUGUGCCAAGAACAUUCUGGUGGCCCGGUCAGGGCUGAAACCCAACACUUCACCCUUUGUCAAGCUGAGUGAUCCAGGAAUUGCCUUGAAUGUCCUCUCUAGAGAAGAGCGUUUGGAUCGAAUUCCGUGGAUCGCUCCAGAGUGCGUUGAUAGCGAUGCGCCUAUUGGGAACGCCGCUGACCAGUGGAGCUUUGGUGUCACGCUGCUUGAAAUCUGCAACAAUGGCGAUCUGCCCAUGAGCAGCUGCACGUUGUCUGAGAAAGAGUGUUUCUAUCAGCAAAAGGGUCGGCUCGCUGAGCCUUCCUCCCAGGAGCUGGCCAAGUUCAUCAGCAUGUGUUUGACAUACGAGCCUGAUGCACGACCCUCAUUUCGCACCAUCCUCCGAGAUCUCACAGAAAUCAUGAUGAAAAAUCCCGAUAUAUCCCCCAGUGGAACCCUCGCACCGGCAGACCCCACCAUGUUCCAGAAACGCUACCUGAAAAAGAUGCGGGAUUUGGGAGAGGGACACUUUGGGAAGGUGACGCUCUACAUGUAUGACCCAUCCAACGACGGGACCGGAGAGCUUGUGGCGGUGAAAGCCUUGAAGCAGGAGAACAGUGAUGUCCCUGAUGUCUGGAAGAAAGAGAUAGAAAUCCUAAAAUCCCUCUACCACAGUAACAUCGUCAGGUACAAGGGCUGCUGCACUGAGCCAGGGAGACUGGAAGUACAGCUGAUCAUGGAGUACCUUCCCCUGGGGAGUCUGCGAGAGUUUCUUCCUAAAAAUAAAAUCGGUGUGCCCCAGUGCCUCAUGUUUGCUCAGCAGAUCUGUCAGGGAAUGGACUACCUCCACUCACAGCGCUAUGUGCAUCGAGAUCUGGCAGCCCGCAAUGUCUUAGUGGAAAACAAGGGUUUGGUAAAGAUCGGAGACUUCGGUCUGACAAAAUACAUCCCUGAAGGAGAGAUCUACUACCGUGUUCGGGAGACUGGAGACAGCCCGGUGUACUGGUACGCCAUUGAGUGCUUGAAGGAGAUGAAAUUCUCUUUUGCUUCUGACGUUUGGUCCUUUGGAGUUACUCUGUAUGAGAUCUUCACCCACUGCGACAGCCGCCAGAGCCCCCCAACUAAGUUCUUUGAGAUGAUGGGGCUAACUGAAGGAUCGAUGACUCUGGUGAAGAUCAUAGAGCUGCUGGAGAGGAAUCGGAGGUUACCCUGUCCCAGAGACUGCCCCCACGAGGCGAGGUUGUUGAUGGAGCAGUGUUGGAAUAAAAAUGCUGAAAACCGGCCAUCAUUCAGAACCCUCGUGGACAAGUUUGACGCCCUACGACGAAUGUACGACUGGCAGUUCAACCCCAACUUCCCCAUGUCUCAGAUUUGCUGAUCUGGGAUCAGUGAGGUUCCAGCUGUGUACCAGUUGGGCUGUUGGUGACCAUGUAUCACAGAGUAGCCAGUAAUCUGAUUGUAAGUGUACAGUUUAUUUAGCUCCAAUAUUUACAGGUUUCCUUGCUCUGUGUUUGAUCAUGAAAGCACACCUGUGAGGCUCUCAUUUAUAAUGAUAAUAAAAUACCAGAAAUAAACUGACUUCCUAUGUGUAUGGGGUAGGUUUUCUGUUUGUUUAAUUGUGUUUGCCUCUAGCUGAAUGGUACCAAAUGUUGAGCUCAAACUGAUAAGCCAUUAAGAGCAAUUUUUAAAUAAAACACAUAUUUUGUAUCAUGGGAAGCAAAAAAAAAAAUCCUUUGGAAAGGGUUGUGUUUGCCUAUUUUGCUUAUUUGUGUACUUUUUUGUACAUAUUACUCUGCAUGCCAUUUUUUAAAGCUGUAGACAAAUCAAAGUUUAAUAAACCAUAAUAAACCA